AUGGCGCUCGUAGCGAACGAGGGGUUUCAGCACAUUCUGCGCGUGCUCAACACCAACGUGGACGGCCGGACCAAGAUCAUGUACGCGCUCACCUCCAUCCGCGGUAUUGGCCGCCGCUUCGCUAACAUCGUCUGCAAGAAGGCGGAUGUCGACCUCAACAAGCGGGCGGGCGAGCUGUCGGCAGCGGAGCUGGAGAAUCUGAUGGUGAUAGUGGGCAACCCGCGGCAGUUCAAGAUCCCCGACUGGUUCCUGAACAGGCAAAAGGACUACAAGGACGGCCGCUACUCGCAGGUCGUGUCCAACGGACUCGACAUGAAGAUGCGCGACGACCUCGAGCGCCUCAAGAAGAUCAGGAAUCACCGUGGGCUGCGACACUACUGGGGCCUGCGUGUGCGUGGGCAGCACACCAAGACCACUGGUCGCCGUGGCCGGACUGUUGCACAAACCGACGAGCUUAUGGGCGAGGAGGAGCUUGACGCCUCCUUCUCGGUCGACUCCUUUUUCGUCGAGGAAGCGGUCAUGCCUGCUGUCUCUGCUCCUCCCCCCGCUAAGCGCGUCUGUGCUGCUGGUUCUUCCAGCUCUGCGCCUGUGGCUCCCCCUGCGGCUCCGGUGGUGCCGCCUGUCACCCCGGUGAUGGCUCCCGUGGCUGGACCUUCCACGGCAACGCCUGCUCCUUCGGCGUCUACCCAGGAAGCUAACCCUGUGAUCGCCCUCGCUAUUACCGGUCGUUACUCACGACUUCGUCGUAACCGUGACUCUGUGGGAGUUGUUGUCGCGGCGCUCGUCCGCGAUACUGACGCUGUUGUUGUUCUUCUCUUUCCUGAGUCCCUGGAAGCUCAUCGCAGCCGGAUCAUCACCCGCGUCCGCAGUAUCCUCCGCGGCCGUGACUUUGCUGGGGGCCGCGUUCCCGUGUUCGAAGCCUCUGCUGGCGACCUCCUGCGCCUUCCCCGCAAAUCGUACUGCCGUCACACGAUUCAGUGGCCGACGGUUGACGACGCGAAUCGCUUCAAGCGCAUGCUCCCGAUCACUUACCGCUCGUCUGAGGGGCCAACGGCCAAAAUCAAGGUGUUCCUGGAUCCUGCCCCCGACUUCUCAGCGGCCAAAGCACGCGGCGAGACGGUCCUGGUUCUGCGCAACGUGCCCGUUGGGUUUGCUGUCCGCACACUCCACGCUCUACUGAUGUCUAGCUCUACGGAUGGGGUCCGUUGGCUUGGUGACUUGCUUUCUUUCCACAAGCUUUUCGAUCCCUAUGAGGAAUCAUUCCUCCCCAAGAUGCUUGGCAUCGCUGUUGCCUCCCCUAACGAUCCCCUUUUUGAGGCAAUUCCAGCCGUCAUCUGA